CGCAGGCGCCGUGACUGGGCGGAGGCGGCAAUGUCAGUGCAGGCUGAGUGGUGAGAUGAGACAUGUGCCGGUGACCUCUGUAUAUCGGGACUGACCGGGGACACCGGAGAGCUGGCCGCCCAUCACCUGCGCUUGAGCACCAUGCCUGGAUCCCUUCCUGCCACCGCUGAAGCCUCCUGGCCUAAGGAUGUCGGUAUUGUUGCCUUGGAGAUUUACUUCCCAUCUCAGUAUGUUGAUCAGGAGGAGCUGGAGAAGUUUGAUGGGGUCAGUGCUGGAAAAUACACCAUCGGUUUGGGCCAGUCCAAGAUGGGCUUCUGCUCAGACAGAGAGGACAUUAACUCGCUGUGUCUCACUGUGGUCCAGAAGCUGAUGGAGAGGAACAACCUUUCCUAUGACUGCAUUGGAAGAUUAGAAGUGGGAACAGAGACAAUCAUUGACAAGUCCAAGUCGGUAAAGACUGUUCUCAUGCAACUGUUUGAAGAGUCUGGAAACACAGAUGUUGAAGGCAUAGACACCACAAACGCAUGCUAUGGGGGCACUGCUGCUCUCUUCAAUGCUGUCAACUGGGUGGAGUCAAGUUCAUGGGACGGACGCUAUGCGUUGGUGGUCGCUGGAGACAUUGCUGUGUACGCCACAGGAAGUGCCAGGCCAACUGGUGGAGCCGGAGCUGUUGCAAUGCUUGUGGGUCCAAAUGCCACUCUCGUUUUAGAAAGAGGUGUACGUGGAACACACAUGCAGCAUGCUUAUGACUUCUACAAGCCUGACAUGGUGUCUGAAUAUCCUGUUGUGGAUGGGAAAUUAUCCAUCCAGUGCUAUCUGAGUGCGCUGGACCGCUGCUAUUCCACCUUCAGCAGGAAGAUCAAAGAACAAUGGCAGAAAGAGGGAAACGAUCAACCAUUCACCCUGGAAGAUUUUGGCUUCAUGAUCUUUCACUCUCCAUACUGCAAGCUGGUCCAGAAGUCUCUUGCACGCUUGUUGCUCAAUGACUUUAUUAAUGAGUCCACCCCUAACACAGAGAGCGGCAUAUAUACUGGCUUGGACUCCUUCCGGGAUGUAAAGCUGGAGAACACGUACUUUGACAGAGAUGUAGAGAAGGCUUUUCUGAAGGCUAGCUCUGAUAUGUUCAACCGUAAGACAAAGGCGUCACUGCUGGUGUCCCGGGAGAACGGAAACAUGUACACACCUUCUGUGUAUGGCUGCCUGGCCUCUGUGAUCGCUCAACAUUCUCCCCAGGAGCUGGCCGGACAGAGGAUCGGGGUCUUCUCAUAUGGCUCUGGCUUUGCUGCUACAUUGUACUCUAUAAGAGUUACUCAAGAUGCCACGCCUGGCUCCUCUCUGGACAGACUGACAUCCAGCCUGUCGGAUCUGAAAGCAAGACUGGACUCCAGGAGGAACGUUUCCCCCAGCGUGUUUGCUGACAACAUGAAGCUAAGAGAGGAUACUCAUCAUUUAGCAAGCUACAUACCCCAGGGCUCAGUGGAUGACCUGUUUUCUGGUACAUGGUACUUGGUGCGGGUGGACGAGAAGCACAGGAGGUAUUACGCAUGUACCUCCGCCCUGAAUGAUGGACCCCUGGAGGCAGCUCUAGAAUCCGUCCAUUCAACCAAUGCUAACGAGCUCUUCCCAAGUCCUGCUAAGAAAGUGCCAAGAAUCCCCACAGCAUCAGAAGCUGAGGCCAUCUCUGUGAGCAACGGAGAGCACUGACCCGAACUGCGCAGAAUCUACGCAUUUCAUAGCUGACAGCCAGCACCUUUUCCUAACAGGCUACAGAAAAUAGAACGGUUAUAGAGGGGGUAUAAAUGGCUAUUGUAAAUACUAAGAGAGCUUAAAGCUCGCCUGUCUGCAAUUUUUUUAAUAAAAUUUAAAGAAGGGGGGAGAAUGGAUUAGAUGCUUAAUGUUUGUUUAGCACACAGUCGGGCUUAUUUAAUAAUGCAAUUCAAAAAGCAGAGCAACCUACCAGAUUUUUCCGUGACCAUUUGGAAAUCGGUAGUUUCUUAUUGAUUGAUUUUGUGGGUUAUUGCCUUGCUGAAAGCCUGAAAGUAUAAAGGUCAAUGUAGCAAAGUGUUGCUAAUCAGAUCAGCCAAUUAGAAAUCCUCUUUUAAUGGUCAGAUUACGCGAAGUUGAAGAAUCUGAGUGUAUUGUUGCACAGAUUUAUUAUAUAAGCCCCCAAUACUUUUUCUCAUCUCAGACAGAGUCUGUAGAUUUCCCAGUGUGCCCACUCUCUACCCUAGAGGUGGUAGCAUGGAUGGCCUCUGUCGUGUCAUUUUAAAGCACUUUACACAUUACGGUCCGCAAUAGAUGAACAGCAGCCAUGAACUGUUUAAACGCACUUACUUUAGCAGGUCACAAACCAUGUACCUCGUACAGUAUACUAUUUAUUUUUCUCAUUACUGGCUUGAUGAGUUUUGUAUGUACAAUUGUGGAAAGUCUCCCCAGGCAGAAGCUUUGCUGAUCACACUGGUGCUAAACUUUUGGGUUGCAACCCUAUUUGUUUGUAAAAAAAAUAAUAAUAAUUGUAGAAAAUUUAAUGUAAAUUUUACUUCUUAUUUUGGUAAAAUUUUUGUUUUGUAUAUGGUUUUUGUAUAGAAGGACCAGUAAAACUAUAGCACAAACCGAUUUGUAUAAAUUAAUCCUUUUAUGAAAGAGCAACUUAAAUUGGAUUGUUUCAUAUUGGCAUGAAAAGGGGUCUUUACUGCUGGGAGGACCUCCACAUAGAUAUGAACCCCAAUGUGCUGAGGCUGAUGGACUGUGCUUGGCUUUUUAGCUGAGCCCACCAGUGUUACAAGCUAGGAGGAGCCCUCCUUUAUUUCUAUGUGGAAACCACUAGAAGGCUUACACAUUUUUAUUUAUUUUUUUGCAAUAGGAAUAUAUGUAGAACUUGAGAUGAUGACUGAAUUAUCUUAGUUAAAAAGCCUAGAUUGGUCUGUCAGCCAUAACCAGGUUUGGGGAAGAUCUCUCCAGUGGGUUCCAAGAUUGAUGUAAAGACCUAGUCAAGGCAGUAACUUAGCCCUAAUACAUUAAUAUACCAAGAAAUAUUAUUUUUAAUUGAUAACCAUUCAACAGAUGUAUCAAAAUUUAUGUGUGUGAUGUUUCCCUUUUUUACUUUGACAUUAGUUCACUUUUUUUUGUACAGUGUCAUGUACAGCUGAUUGUGGACUAGUUUAUUAGUAUUGGCCAUUAAAGGACAAGUUCACCUUUGGCCGGGGAUCCUCUGCCCACACCCACUGUCACAAUUUCAAAAGAACGGGUGGAGCCGUGCGCGACCGCAUCAUUCAUUCACAGAUAUCUGUGAAUUAAUGCAUUACAAGUACCGGCCGCUUUUGCAGCUGACUGCUGCAAAAGCGGUAGUCCAUGAACUACCAGGGCACUAAUGAGCACUCUAAGUGGUUGAUUAGGUCUUCCUGUCAUUGUGUAACUACCUGCUUGUAUGAGACAUGAGCAGACAGAUACACUGACAGGAGCCUGAGACUGCACCUGUGAUCUGCUGAUUGUGGGUGCAAUGCUUUUACAGGCUCCUAAAAAUAUAAAUAAAUAAA